GCAGCAGGAACACUGACAACGAGGUCCUUCAGGCGUCCCCGUUGCAUAGAAACGGAAACCUUCGGCGACAUCAUAACACAUCUACAAACUUUAACGUCUGGAUGCCUAGAUGAGUGCAUCAACAACCGGUUCAUUGUGAUUGAAGAUCAGAAUAUACACAAGACAAUCGGAGACAUUUUUGAUAAGUGCUCUAGCUUAACAAAUGCUAACAAGGCUACUAGCUGUUACCUAGCUGUGUUCAGUGGUCACUGUGUGUACAGUACUCAAAAGAGACUUUAAAAGACACAUGUAAACAAUUAACGUCUCUGGACUAUUCUCAGGUUUAGUUAGCAUUAGAGGAUAAACUAACCAGUGUAAUGAGUGAUAUCAAGCCGACCCUCACGAUGUUUACCUCAGCUAGCUAACACUCAUUCUCUUUCGUCGGAUGCUAGCUUCCGUAGAUCAGCUGUUCAGGUAGUUAUCAAUUAAACUGGGCGAGAGUUGGCUCAUUCAAUCAUUCUAGUCAAAUCAGUUAACGGAAAACAAGUUUAAAUGGCUGGCGACGCUGGCAGCAUCCCUGAACUGGACCAAAAGAAGUACGAUUCAGGCGAGCAGGUGAAGAUCAUCUGCCUGGGAGACAGCGCAGUCGGUAAAUCUAAGCUGAUGGAGAGAUUUCUCAUGGACGAAUAUCGUCCCCAGCAGUUGUCAACCUAUGCUUUGACUCUCUACAAACACACAGCCACUGUAGGAAAUAAGACAGUAGCCAUUGAUUUCUGGGACACCGCUGGUCAGGAGCGAUUUCAGAGCAUGCACCCCUCGUACUACCACAAAGCACAUGCAUGCAUAAUGGUUUUUGAUGUUCAAAGGAAGAUCACUUAUAAGAAUCUGGCCAACUGGUAUAAGGAGCUGAGAGAGUUCAGACCGGAGAUACCCUGUUGUGUGGUGGCUAACAAAAUUGAUGCGGAUUUGAAGGUGACACAGAGAAGCUUUAACUUUGGGAAGAAGCAAGGAAUCCCAUUUUACUUUGUAUCUGCGGCUGAUGGGACAAAUGUAGUUAAGAUGUUCAGAGAGAUGAUCACGAGAGCAGUGGAGUACAAGCAAAACCCCAGUGACUUCAUGGAUGAAGUGUUGCAGGAAUUAGAGAACUUUGACCUGGAGGAGAAGGAAGAUCCCGAAGCAGAUGAGGUUGGAUUGAAAACAGAAAGUCCUGAGUUGGAGUGACCAACGUUUACAAAUCCUCAUAAACCUCUACUGGCACAUUGUUUGUCCUUUGUCCUUUCGUUGUCUACUUUGAUACCUAUGUUUUCUAACUCCAUCACUGGAGGUUGGAGUUUUCAGUCAGGUUUUCAGUCACUGCUCCAUCUGUCCAGUGACAUUGGCAGGGAAAUAAACCUGGUGGAAUAAUUAGGAAUUGUGUUGUUUACCAAGUUUAUUCAGCUGCUGUUUUAAACUUCUCAUUCAUACUUUGUAUCUACUACAAUACUAAUGAACAAUUCUACAAUGAGGCUGAAUGUAUUUUAAUUUGUAAUAAGAAUGUGAAGCAUUGGAAACUGUCUCACAGAUCAAAGAGAGCGUGUGAUUAUGAUUCAGAUGUGCUGCUGUUCUCGAUGUGUGUGUGUGUGUUUCGUUGUGUGCAGUGCCAGCAGUGAGCAGCCUCAGGUGGCUGCUUUUGUUGCAUUAGUUUUAGGAUGUAAAGUCUGUUUUCACUACACUUUUAAAUGAAAACUUAAUGUACCAUGUAACCCAAUUGUUAUCAUGUGUCUCUUUCUGACUUGCUGUGGUCCAGAAGUGGGCAUUAAGUCGUGAAUUUCAGCAUAUUAUAAAAUGCAACAGCCAGCAUUCAUCUCUCGUGAAAUGCUCAGCCAGCUGUGUCGUUUCUGAUGGAUUUGUGAAGGCUGUGUUUACACUCAUUCAUAUUAGCAGGAAUGUUACCACAAAGAACAUAAAACAAAUUUUUUCUUGCAGAAUCUGA